UUUGAUAUGGCUUGGCGCAUGGCGGCUUCCGAGAAAAUUUUUUGAACAAAUUAAUUUUAAUUUAUGUCGCAUGAAGGCCGCAUUUAACAUCAUUAAAAAAAUAAGAAUUUAAAUAAAUAUGACGGCCUUUAGAUUUGCACUGCUAAAUUUAUGUAAACAAUCCUUGCAUCGUAAUUCCCAUUUUAUUGACUCAUCUAAUUGUGUUAUUAAAGCUAUCACAAAUCCUUCAAAUAUAAAUAUUUCAAAACAGACCACCUUUUUACCGAUUGUAACUAGUUUCCGAUUAAGUCACACCUUUUUAUCAAGAAUAACUGCUGAGCAGCUGUGGAAAGGUGUAACAAGUGUCAGUAAUGCUGGUCGUAGAAAAGGGAGAGGUAGAGCAUCCGGAAGAACAAGGCAAAGAGAUUUAAAUCGAGGACAAGUCAUUGGUUUUGGCAAGAAAAACAUGCUUUGGCCUGGUUUAAAUGCCCCAGUAAUCCAAGGCAGAGAAGUUUUAAGGCAAAUAGAAUUACCACCAGAUGAAGAGAGGCAGAAACGUAUUUUGGAGUUAAGAGACAAAUCUAUUGCACGCAGAUCUUUUAAGCUGCAUCCUUUAGAAAAAGGAUGGACUGGUAAUAAGCUUCCUGGUCGAAGCUUAGGUCCACCAGACCCUGUUGGUGAAGAGACAUUUGAAGGUUUUGAUUCAAGAGUUUUAGAAUUUAAACCUGUCAUGCACAUGAGUGGAACAAGAGGCCGAAUCCGGAGGCUGAGUGCCAUGGUUGUUGUUGGAAAUAAAAGGGGUCUAGCUGGCUUUGCUUUAUCUACAUCUGUGAAUGGAGGUACUGCUGCUAAAGCUGCUAAAAAUAGAGCUGCAAAAGUUUUGCGGUAUAUAGAGCUUGAUGGCAACUCAGUUCGCCAUGACUUCUUUUCACAGUUUGGUGCUGUAAGAUUGUUUGUCCAUAAGAUGCCUGAAGGUUAUGGUUUAGUGUGCCACAGAGUUAUUAAAGCCAUAUGUGAAGUACUUGGAAUAAAAGAUCUCUGGGCGAAAGUAGAAGGUCCUACUCAUAAUUAUCAAUGCAUUACAAGAGCUUUCUUUAUUGGUUUACACAAACAGAAAUCUCCUGAACAACUUGCAAAUGAAAAAGGCCUCCAUGUUGUAGAGAUGAGAAAGAAUAGGGACUACUAUCCGGUAGUUGUUGCUUCUCCCGAACGUUGCCGUACAGAGGAGGAGAUAGGACCAACGGAGUUGCUUGAUUUCAACGUUCAUCUUUUCAAUGGAAAGGUUGAAGCUCCUCGUGAAAAAUAUAAACCUUUUUAUGUGAAUUUCCCAAGCUAUAUAAAGGAAAUGAAGGACAGAGAAAGCUUGCGGAAUCAGAAAGCUGUUAGAAUUCACCUUCUUUCCAAAUAUGGUGCAUUAAAAAGUUUUAUCAAUGUCCGAGAAGAAGAAAAAGCUAAGAAAGAACUAAAGGAAACUGUUGAAGAAUAGAUUCAACCUAGGAAGUUUGUAGCAAUUAUUUUUAUGUAAAAAUUUAUUCUAUUGUGUGAAUUACUUUAUUAAUUAAAGUAAUGAUACAUCA